AUGGCACUUAAAGAAACCCUUUCGGACGUUCAGCUACACCUGGCUGCCCUGCGCGGUGACGAAAUGCUGCUGAAGCGAGUGCUGGACAGCGGCAAGGUGCACGUCGACUGCCGUGAUGAGGACUACACGACACCGUUAAUCCUGGCGGCCGCCGGAGGACAUACCGCUUGCGUCAUCGAGCUGCUGGAGCAGGGUGCCGAUCCGAACGCCCGGCGAGUGACUGGAACCACGGCUUUAUUCUUCGCAGCACAGGGUGGUUACGUUGACGUUGCCAGGAUACUGCUGAAGGCCGGAGCGCCCGUCGACUGCUCGUCCGUGGACGGAGGAACGCCACUGUUCGUCGCCUGCCAGGGCGGUCACGAGGCGAUGGUGAGCGAGCUGCUGAGCCACGGGGCCAACGUGCACGCCUGCAUGAAGGAUCGGGCCACACCUCUGUUCAUCGCGGCCCAAAAUGGACACAGCUUGGUGCUGAAGCUGCUGCUAGCCGCCGGUGCCCACCCGGACGCACCCCGGAACGAUGGCGCGACACCGCUGUGGAUAGCGGCUCAGAUGGGACACGACCACAUCGUCAAAAUCCUGCUCCACAAUGGCGCCUUCGUCGACGCGGUACGCUGUGAUGGUGCAACGGCCCUGUUCAAGGCGGCCCACAAAGGUCACAGUUCGGUGGUGCACGAGCUGCUCAAGUUCCGACCGAAUCUGGGACUGCUGGAAAACGGCGAAACGGCGCUGCAUGCCGCGGUCAUGUUCGGACACUUGCCGAUCGUAAAGCAGCUAGUGGCGGCCGGAUGUGAUUGUGCAGCCAAAAAUCUCGACGGUUUCACCGCGCUCCAGUUGGCCCGCCAGCAGAAGUACGCCACAGUGUACCAGUAUCUGAAGGAACGCGAUCAACAGCAGCAACAACAAACGGGCGGGGGUGGAAAUGGUACCACCUACAAACGAUCGAUUCCGAUCAAUACAAACCCGGGUCCCGGGGCGGCGAAGGGAGGACCGGCUGGUGCGGCGGGUGUUGGAUGUCCUCCAAAGACGACCUCCUCGUCGUCGGUAGCCAUUACGAGCUAA